AUGGAAGAACUCUUGAAGCACCUCACCGAGGUGAGCAUCCACCAGCAACAAAUUAUGGAGCACAUGGCCUCCCGGCAACGGGAAACCGAACGGGACCUCGCCGCGCUCCGUAUGGCUGCCGGCGCACACCGUGGCCGCCCGGGAGGUGUGGCCCAAGGCAGAGUACAUCGACGACGUGGUAUUACACUCGGAAACUUGGGGGGACCACCUGGAGCGGCUGUGGAGGGUGCUACUGGAACUGCGCUGGGCUGGCCUGACUGCCAACCCCCGGAAGUGUCACCUGGCCCUCUUGGAAGCAAAGUAUCUGGGGUACCAGGUGGGUCGCGGCCUGAUCAGACCUCAGGAGAAGAAGGUGGCAGCAAUCCUCUCCAUGCUGCAGCACCCCUCCAAGACACAGAUCUGACCAGGAAGGGACAACCGGAGAAGGUCCCGUGGACCCCCGAGACGGAGGCGGCGUUCCACCGGAUAAAGGCAGCCCUCACAACGGAGUCGGUUCUCCGAGCGCCCGACUUUAACUGCCCCUUCCUGGCGCAGACGGACACAUCCGACACCGGGUUGGGAGCCGUCCUCUCCCAGGUCCACGACGGCGAGGAACACCCGGUGAUCUACAUAAGCCGAAAGCUGACCCCCACGGUACAACGGUACGCUAAGGUGGAGAGGGAGGCGCUGGCCGUCAAGUGGGGAGUCCUGGAGCUCAGGUAUUACCUCCUCGGCCGCCCCUUCACUCUCAUUACAGAUCACGCCCCCCUGCAGUGGAUGGCCUGGGCUAAGGAGAUGAACGCGAGAGUGAUGUGGUGGUUCCUGGCACUCCAGGACUUCAACUUCACCGUGCAACACCGAGCGGGGACGGCCGACGGACUCUCUCGGAUUUGGGCAGCUUUCGCAAGUCUGUCAUGGUCCACUCCCCGCCCUUCCCCAGUUUCCCCGCUUCUCAACAGGACUAGGACGACGCUUAGGGGGUUGGGGGAACAUCUGGUAUGCGGCAGUCCUGUGGGCAAAAAUGCCAUGUUGAUGCUAGAGGUCAUAUGAGAAUGGGUCGACUGAUUCAA